AUGUCGCAGAUUGCAUGGGCCCAAGAACAGAUCCGAGAGUGGGAAGCCACAUUGGAUACUCAAAUUGCAGAGGAGAAGGAGAGAAAAAAGCAUGAAACUCUCGACAAAGAAAGAGACUGUGUUAGGAGAUUUCACAGUCAACUGGAUGCCAUAAAUAUUAGAAAGGAAAAUGAGGAACUAUCAAAACUUCGGCAAGAAAGACAAAAAAUUGCUAAAGAAGAAGAAAGGCAGUUCAAAGAGAAGAUGGUGCUUGAUGAUAAGCAAGUUCUGAGAGAACAGCAGGAGCAAUCUCUUCGGAGAAAGGAACUCUGGCGCAGAGUGGAUGAAGAGAAUGAGGAGAUGGUGAAGGAGAAGAGACUGUUGCGAGAGAAGAAGAUUCAGGCUGAGAAAGAGGAGGAGAGAGCUGAACUUCGAGCCCUGGAUGAGUUGUAUGCACAGGAGCAGAAAGAUCAAGCUGAAAAAGAAGCUCAGUUAAAGGCAGCCAACCGUAAACGUCGUCUCGAUGAUAUAGCUGAGAAAAACUUUUAUAAACAACAAAGGGAGCAACAAUCCAUUUUGAAGGAUAGGAAGAUAGAACGUGACCGGUCUGAAAUAGAAGAGCAAUGCUGGCAAAGAAAAGAGUACAUAGAUCCCCGGUUUGUGCAGAGGGAGUUUUGCAUGGAUAAGGUCAGAUGUAUGUUGGAAAAGGAAGAGAAAAAGAAGGAGGAAAGUCGGGCCAGGGAUGAAGAGAAAGUAUGUGAAGAGGCCAAAAAACAAGCAGCGGUGGAGCAAAUACAGGAACAAAUACAGGGGGAGAAGAGAGACCAAAUGCUGCAAGCUGUUUCAGCUCACAAUGAAGCGCAGAUGCGUGAAAGGGUGCAGAAGCAGCUGGAGGAGAAGCCGAGAGAUCUUGAGCUGAUUGAGGCCCAGAAAGAGGACAACAGGUUGUACUUUGAAAGGGAAAGCCAGAAAGCUAAAUCUACGAGGGCAAGAAACAUCCAAUUUUCUGAUGGUAAUGUCAAAUUACACGCACAGAGACGUGCCAUUCAGGAACAGCAGAGAAAGGAGGCCAAGGAAGCUGAAAAAAGGCAAGCAAAAGCUUUAGCUGCUGAGGAGAAAGAGUUCAAAGAGUAUGCUGAGCGUGAAUUACAAAAGGCCCGAGCCUCUGGACGAAUUGUUCUCAACACAAAUAAAGCGCCUUCAAGGCUGGAGAACAAAUGUAAGGAUGAUCGGCCACAGAGCUUUCUCCCACCUAUCAACUCAUCGCCACCUCCUGCAUACAUACACUGCGAAUCUGCUGGAGCAAAGUGCACAGAAGCUUUGCCUAAAACUGAGGCCAAAGGCACUCCACAUAUUGUCAACCUUACCUUAGGUACUCCCAAGGCAAAUGGAGUACCAGCAAGGCUGACAUGUAACAAACUGGAGUUGACCAAUGACCUGAAGCCCAGUCCCCCACCCCAGCCCAGACAAAAAACGGAAGCAUUCAGACACAUGGACGGACCUACAGCUGCUGAUACAAGGGAACCCUUACUGAGGUAUAGUACACGGGAAACCCGUCGAAUCAGACGAAAACAGGAUAGCUGUGCUUUACUCAAAGAUUUCCCCAUAAGCUCUGCCCCAUACAGGGGGGGCUUUACGAAAUAUGAUACUCCAAAAACCUACACCACCCAGAAACUGCAGUUGGCCAAAGACCUGAAGCCCAGUCCCCCACCCCAGCCCAAAAAAAAAACAAAAGUAUUCAGACAAAGGAGGUACAUCCAUCCACAAUGA